UUGUAUUUUCCAAUGUAAAGUCAAACGGUCACACGAAUCCAUACGUCUAAAUAAACUUUUAAGGAGUAAAAUCAAUGAAAUAAGUGAAAAUAAAAGAGUGCAAAUAACGGAGAAACAUCAAGACACGCAGAGGAGCAGCAACUGGAAGAGGACAACAUGGCCAACAUCCUGGAGAACCAACUGUUCACGGCCGCCAAGACCAUCGAGCAGCAGCUGGACCAGCAGCUCGACCGCCUGGACAACCUCGAUUCGGAUGACCUAAAGGUCCUGCGGGAGCAGCGGCUCCGCGAAAUGAAGGACCUGAACAACAAGAAGCAGGAGUGGCUCAGAAACGGUCAUGGCACCUACACCGAGCUGGCCGACGAAAAAGAGUUCUUCGAGAUGUCGAAAAAGUCGCCCAACAUUGUUUGCCACUUUUACCGCGACAGCACCGAGCGCUGCAAGAUCGUGGACAUGCACCUGAAGAUCCUCGCGGCCAAGCACGUGGAGGCCAAGUUUUGCAAGGUGAAUGCCGAAAAGACUCCAUUCCUCACCCAGCGACUGCGCAUCAAGGUGAUACCCACCAUCGCCCUGGUGAAGGACAGCAAGACCAAGGACUUCAUUGUCGGAUUCACCGAUCUGGGCAACUGCGACGACUUCGCCACCGAAAUGCUGGAGUGGCGCAUCGCCCACUCGGGGGCCAUUGACUACAAGGGCGAUCUGAUGCAGCCACCAGAUGUGAAACGCAAACCAUUCAUCAACCGCCCACAGAAGACAAUACGUGGAGGCUACGACUCGGAUGACUCCGAUAUAGAUCUGGAUGACUAACUACGGGCAGUCCAUCCCACACUCUCGAUUACCCAAGCUCCAGCUUUCGUUCCACACUCCCACACAAGAUACACUCAAAAGCGAUGGAGUAACAAAAACGGACACACACAAAUCAAAACCUAGCACAUGGAUCUAAACCAAUUAGGCGUACUCUAGCGUUAUUUAUUUAAUUAUACGAUUCCGAUCCCUCUGCUACGGUCCCAUCGCCACCUAGUGUAAGUGGCUAAUUCGGUUGCCUUCCCCCCCGAUUAUGUGCUUUAAUAUCUAUCAGUUCAAUCAGCUGCCUCGAAGGCUGCGCCACUCUAGCGAGCUUAAGCGAACUCAAAAUUUGAUCUUUAUGGUAUUUGCAAUUCCAAAUGAAUGUGCACCCUUUGCGUAUAUAUGUUAAGUUGAGCAUAGUUUUACAAACUGCCCUCGCCCUCCAGAAAACGGUGUACGUAAAACAAGAAACUAACAUACACAGAGCAUAAAAGACAAGAAACUAAAUAUCUGGCAUAUAUAUAUUUUUAAAAUUUCGAUAAAAGGUGUAUUGCAUUUCCUACAGUAGAGGUAACUAACACUUACAUAUGUACAAGUUUUUAUAUUUAUUUUUGUAAUUCUACAAAGCAUCAAAGGAAAUCAACGAUUAAAUAGCAUGUUCAAAAC